CCGUCAUCGUACACUGCUCAGUGUCAUUCGUCUGGUUUUAUCAAUUCCAGCAGCCUCGGCUCGAUCCAAGCGCCAGCAACCAGUCAUGAACGCUUCAACUCGCAUUUUGCUGGUGCUCUUCGUGUCCUACGCUAUAGCCUUCAUGCUCGUUGCAGGGAGUGUUCCCUUCGACCGAGCCAUAGGAGUGUGCAUCAGAAAUUGCGCCCAGUGCAAGAAAAUGUUCGGUCCGUACUUCCUUGGACAGAAGUGCGCCGAUUCUUGCGUCAAAUACAAAGGAAAGCUCAUCCCCGACUGCGAGGAUGAAGGUUCGAUUCAACCGUUCCUCCAAGCUCUCGAUAGCGACUAUUAAAACUCGUAAUGCUUAUUCGUGUCAACGUGCAUUAUACGUAAUAUGUGCCAAAAAUACGUGUUAUAUAUAUAUAAUAUAUAAAAUAUGUGUUACAUAAAACGUGUGAAUUAUGUGUAAAUUCGCAAGCAGAGGUCUUAAUCUUUUAGAGUCUAAGCAGUAUUCGACGUUUAGUUCUUAUUUAACAAGCUAUUCUCAAAGACAGAUCGUAUUCUUGUAACGAAUAAUGUAUUUGUGUUAAUAUAUUUCUAUGCUGAAUCGUUUUAUAUGUUACAAUUGAAAAGAAUCGAAUGAAACUGAAUGUCGAGUCUAGUUUGACAAAGGGUUAGACAGUAUGUAUAUAAGAUCAUAGUAUAUUUUUCUCUUGAGCACAGGGUACCACGAAUUUUUACUUUUGUAAUCAAUUUUUAAUCGAAACUCAGGGAAACGUAUAAGUAUGUGCGAGAAAUUGAGAGAAUUUGAUUUCACGCCUUAUUUGUGAGUAUUAUAUAUCAUAUUACAUGUAUUAGCUAAUAACAUCGACCAAAAAUUUGGGAUCAUUUGUCACGAUCAAUUACAUUUAUAGUGAAUUUUCUGCUAAUUUUUAUUAGUCGUUAUUAAUUCGAAAUUGAUCAUGAUAUCGACACUAAUUCUCGUUUAAUUUCGAUAGUUUUCUGUGCAGAAGUUUUUUUUUACAUAACGUUCAUAAUGUUCUUAAUUCUUGGCUUCUACGGAACACGGUUGUAAUUCCAAAUUUUUGGCUGGUAAUGGGUUUCUAUCGCCGUCCAAAGUAUUAAACGUGAAGUAUUACUAAUAGUAAUAAAUAUCAAGUGAAAGAAAAACAUUUACUUUCUACAUCACAUUUAUGAAAAUAAAAUUCUCCCUACAUCUAGCAUCAUCGAAAAAGCUUUCUUCAAAGCGUUUUUAACAUCGCAACAACAACAAAAAAUGUAAAGAAAUGUUUCAAAAUUUAACACCAUCGACAAGCUAGAAAAUAUGUACCUUUAAAAUCACGUUCUGUCACAAACGAAAGGAACAGGACGGUACUUGACGAUUUU